AGAGUAUCAGAAAGAUUUUCAGAGGUCAUGAGACAUAGACUUCAUAUUGAAAGAGGUUCUGGAUGCCUUUCAACGAUAAAAAUGUUCAAGAACAAAUACAAUAACUGUUGAAUGUUUUAAGUACCGAAGGAAAUCAUUAUUUUUUGAAAAUAAUUAUAUUCCUAUUUACUAUGUACUUCCCUGGCAAACAUCUGCUAAUUGUAGGAUUUGAAAAACUUAAAAAAAUAUUUUAAAACAUUCAAACACAAUGUUAUAGAAAAAACGAAUUUAUUAUUCCGGAAGGAUUUUCAUUGCUUUGAAAACACUUCCAAUUAAAAAAAAAUUAACAAGUUUUCCAUGAAAUGUUUCUAAAUCAUUAAUUUUUGUGAACUAGAUGUCUCAAACCUCCGCACCUCGGUCAGAGAUUAUAUAUAUAUAUAUAUGUAUAUAUUUAUUCAAAACGUCGUAACAAAACAGAAAAGUGUAGAAUAAUCACCGGGAGAAACAAACUUGAAUAAUUUGAAUGAUCCUUUAAACCAGAAGUAGUUAAGGGGAUCAAGUUGGGUGGGAAAAAUAAUUAAACGGGAUAGAAUUUAAUCGUGAAGCAAACAUUUGACGGCUCAUUGUCUCCGGAAGUAACUUGGCCAUACGGUUCCAUAGGUGAAGAUUGACUAGUAGGAAGCUUUCGUUGAUUGAUCCACAAGGGCACAUCAUGUACGGAUAUCUGGGCGAGCGAGCCUUCCUCCCAGUUGAUGCGGCAUUUGGAAAGUGGUAUUCACCAGACAGGAUGUUGUGAUAGGUCCUCAAUAAUGCCCUGAUGCUGACAGAAAACCAUCACUUUCGUGUCACUUGGUAAGCUCACUCAAAAUUAAAAAAAAAAAUAAUUUCAGUUUGACUUUUUCUAGUUUGAAGUUCUCUUAUGCAGCUGAAGUUUUGUAGUUAAUUGACAAAUUAAUUCAAACAUUUUUUCUUGUUAGAUUGCAUUGACGAACAAACGAAUUAAUUUACAGAACUUACUCUCCUUCCAAAUGAAAUUCGAAACUCUCGAUUUUAAUGAUGAAAAAGAUAUCAAGAAUUUCAAGACAGAUUGCGGUGAUCUACAAGAUUGCUUUACAGCUCUUCCAUGUAGGCCAGGCUCCAAUAACCAGCUAGACAAAAGGCUUCGUUCAAUUGAAUGGGUGUGCAAAGCUAUUGUGUUCCUCACCGAAGAUUUUUCUAAUUGUUUUGACAAAUUGCAUGAAAAAAAUGCAGAAUGUGUUCAAAACUGGAAUCCAUUGCCAAAUGAAAUAUAUUUAGAAGAUGACAAGAUGAAAGUUGAGAAAAUGAAAGAAAAUGCUUGUGAUACAUAUUUCGGAAAAGAUGACUGCGUUAAAAAGGAAAUUAUUGAAAGAUGCGGCCAAGAAGAAUGGAAUACGUUUCGUAAGAAAAUGAUAAAGCUAUCUGAAGAUGUUGUUGGCAAGUGCGACUUCAGCAGACUUGAAUAAACGAUUGGAUGUCGACUGAAAUUAAAUAAAUUUGUUUUAAUGCA